UUAUUGGAAGAACUGGCACAUUGCGUACAAGCCUAAAGUUGUUAAGAGCUACAAGAUUUGUUUUCUAUGACAUAGGCAGCAAGAAGAGUGCGUAAGGAACCCCACCAAACAAAUCGACAGUUAACCGUAAUUAGAGUAAUUUACGAGGAAAAGGAUCUUCGAGGCCCGAAAAAAGUUCCAAUUUUUCUGGCUAUCCGAACGCCUCCUUCUCUUACCUUUGGGAGAGAAGAAGAAUGGUGCUUACUUCUUUAUCUGUAAUCCCUUCUUCAUCUUCGUUUCCUUCGAUUUCCAAUCUCGAUUCCCCGUCUACUUCCACUUCCAUCAGAAUCAGAACCAUCCAUUCCUCUAGACGAGGCCUUAAAUUUACUAGACCCCCUUUUCAGUUCUCUUCAGUCUACACUUCUCUUCCGUUUUCCUCAAUUGUCAGAGCUUCUUCUUCCAAACAAGUUGUAGAAGAUGAGUCUGCGGAUAAGUUCUGGCAAAACGCCUCCAUGGCGGAUUUCCUGAGAUUCAAGCGAGGAAUCGAUGGAGGGAGUGGAGAGUUGCAGACGGCAAUAGUGAGCUACAGGAAGAAAUUCCCAUGGUCUCUAUUGUACCCUUUUUUUCAGGUUGAUUUAGUUUCAACAAUUCACAUCGCAGAUAAGAAGUAUUUUACAGCCCUCCAAAAUGUACUUGAAUCCUAUGAUUGCGUACUUUAUGAAAUGGUAGCUAGCAGGGAAAGUAUAGAAAGUAGAAGAAACACUAUCCCUAAAGCAAGGGUGAGAGGCUCCGGCGCUAAGGGUAUAAACAUCUUGGGAUGCAUCCAGCGAUGGAUGGCUCAAAUUCUCAUGCUUGACUUCCAAUUAGACUCUCUGAGUUACGAAGCUGAGAAUUGGUACCAUGCAGAUCUUGACUAUGAGACCUUCAAAUUGCUCCAGCUUGAAAAAGGUGAAAGCUUCUUUUCUUUUGCAAGAGAUAUGACUCUUAGAUCCACAAAGGCGAUGUUGCAGCCGGCUUCUUCUGUUCCAGAAGAUCUUGGUUCAUGGAGGUCCAAGCUUUUAUGGGCUUCUCGGGUACUUCCUAUGCCUCUCGUUGGCCUUUUUAUCAUUGGAAGCGUCUGUGCAGAUGCCGGAAGUCAAGCAUCAGCGUAUCCUGAAAUAGAGGCGUUGUCAAGCCUUGAUUUUGGUGCUGCAAUUAAGUUCUUCCUUGCAAAGAGGCUAGCAACUGAGUUAACAGAGGUGACAGCAGAUGUAGAGGAGAAAUCUGUUAUAAUUGGUGAGAGGAAUAAAGCCGCAGUAGACUCCCUGAGAAAGGCAAUUCAGGAGGGACACAAUAGGAUUGCAAUACUCUAUGGGGGUGGUCACAUGCCUGAUCUGGGGAGGAGAUUAAGGGAGCAAUUCGACCUAGACCCGGGUCGUGUGCAGUGGAUUACGGCGUGGUCCAUAAAGAAAAGGAAUCUAAAUACAAGUUCAUUUCCAUUUCUCAAGACAAUGGCUCAAGUCUCAGGUUGGCCAUGGAAUCGCUAUCAAACACUGGCAUGGCUCAUAUUUUCAUCGGUCCUGGCAUUGGAUCUUUUGUUUUGGGAACUCUUCUUUCGUACUUCUGUUGAUUGGGUCUCACAAAUUGGCACAGAACUUCUUGAGUAUUUUGCGUAAUGUUUAGCUGAUAAUGAUACAAUUGUUCAACUAAAAGCGUUCAUAAUAACUUAAAAGAACAAAUCUUCUGGCCCGCCAGUGUAAAUAUUUUGAAAAUUUUUCUUCGACAGAAUUGAAUAACCCACUCCAUCUUAUCUGUUACAGUGUUCCAAUUUAUGCAUUGAUAGUAGGGUUACAAGUUGCAA